CUUUUUUUUUGAGGGGGGUGUUGGGGGCGGGUGGUGCUUCGAGGAGCAUGGGCGAGCAUGAGGUGUGCAGCGGGCGUGAGAGCAGAUGGAGAUUGUCCUGGAUAACAUAAUGCCAGCUGAGCGUAAAAAGCCAACAAGUAUGGAAGAAAAAGAAUCUCUAUUAAAUAACAAAGAAAAGGAGUGCAGUGAAAGGAGACCAGUAAGUAGCAGGGAAAAAACAAAAGAUGAUGUCAAACUUACCACCAAGAGAGACAUAGUUAAAGUGCCUGAAGAUAAGAAGAAGAAAUUGGAGGAAGACAAACGAAAAAAAGAGGACAAGGAAAGGAAGAAAAAAGAGGAAGAGAAGGUGAAAGCUGAGGAAGAAUUAAAGAGGCGAGAAGAGGAAGAAAAGAAGAAGCUUGAAGAGGAAGAGAGAAAGAAGCAAGAAGAGCGGGAGAAACGUCAGCAAGAAGAAGCAGCUGCUCAAUUGAAAGAGAAAGAAGAAUCCCAUCAGCUUCAUCAGGAAGCCUGGGAACGGCAUCAAGCAAGGAAGGAACUCCGAAGCAAAAACCAAAAUGCACCAGACAACCGACCAGAGGAGAAUUUCUUUAGCAGACUGGACUCAAGUUUGAAGAAAAAUACAGCUUUUGUCAAGAAAUUGAAAACUAUUACAGAGCAACAGAGAGACUCCUUGUCCCAUGAUUUUAAUGGCCUCAAUUUAAGCAAAUACAUUGCAGAAGCUGUUGCUUCUAUUGUGGAAGCUAAGCUAAAAAUUUCUGAUGUGAACUGUGCUGUGCACUUGUGCUCUCUCUUUCACCAGCGCUAUGCUGAUUUCGCCCCAUCUCUGCUUCAGGUUUGGAAAAAACAUUUUGAAGCAAGAAAAGAGGAGAAAACUCCUAACAUUACCAAACUAAGAACUGACUUGCGUUUCAUUGCAGAAUUGACCAUAGUCGGGAUUUUCACUGACAAAGAAGGUCUGUCCUUAAUCUAUGAACAGCUGAAAAACAUUAUUAAUGCUGACCGUGAAUCCCACACUCAUGUGUCUGUGGUGAUUAGCUUUUGCCGGCAUUGUGGGGAUGAUAUUGCUGGAUUGAUACCAAGGAAAGUGAAAGGUGCUGCAGAGAAGUUUAAUUUGAGUUUUCCUCCUAGUGAAAUAAUCAGCCCAGAGAAGCAACAGCCUUUCCAGAACCUGUUAAAAGAAUACUUUACGUCUUUGACCAAACAUCUGAAAAGGGACCACAGGGAGCUACAGAAUAUUGAGAGACAAAACAGACGCAUUCUACAUUCUAAAGGGGAGCUGAGUGAAGAUCGACAUAAGCAGUAUGAAGAAUUUGCUAUGUCUUAUCAGAAAUUACUGGCAAAUUCUCAGUCUUUAGCAGACCUUUUGGAUGAGAAUAUGCCUGAUCUUCCUCAGGACAAACCAACACCAGAGGUUUCCUUAGGGUCUGGACCUCCAAGCCGUCUCAGCUUCUUCCAUGCUGGGCAGUUUCUGUUUCAUCGGCCUCAGUCUCUGCCCCAAGUGGCUUUUAGAGGGAUGGAACUGGCCCUGUCUGGUUUUACAAGCAUGAUUAUCUUUACUGGUAAACCUGGAGAGUUAGAAGGUGGUAUAUGGGAGGAUGAAGAUGCUCGAAAUUUUUAUGAGAACCUUAUUGAUUUGAAGGCUUUUGUUCCAGCCAUUUUAUUUAAAGACAAUGAAAGAACAUAUCAGAGCAAAGACUCUAAUAAAGAAGAUUCCAAAGAGUCAAAGGAACCUAAGGAUAAUAAAGAUGUGUCAAAUACAGAUGAUUUGGAACUUGAGUUGGAGAACCUGGAAAUUAAUGAUGAUACUUUGGAAUUAGAGGGUGGUGAUGAAGCAGAAGACCUUACAAAGAAACUUCUUGAUGAACAAGAACAAGAAGAUGAGGAAGCCAGUACUGGGUCUCAUCUAAAGCUUAUAGUAGAUGCUUUCCUGCAGCAGUUGCCGAACUGUGUCAAUCGAGAUCUCAUCGACAAGGCAGCAAUGGAUUUUUGCAUGAAUAUGAACACCAAAGCAAAUAGAAGGAAAUUGGUACGAGCACUCUUCAUAGUUCCUAGACAAAGAUUGGAUUUAUUACCAUUUUAUGCAAGAUUGGUUGCCACAUUACAUCCUUGCAUGUCAGAUGUUGCAGAGGAUCUUUGUUCGAUGCUGAAGGGAGAUUUCAGAUUUCAUGUACGAAAAAAGGACCAGAUCAAUAUUGAAACAAAGAAUAAAACUGUUCGAUUUAUUGGAGAGCUAACAAAGUUUAAAAUGUUCACUAAGAAUGAUACACUAUAUUGUCUAAAGAUGCUUCUGUCAGACUUUUCCCAUCACCAUAUUGAAAUGGCAUGUACCCUGUUGGAAACUUGUGGAAGGUUUCUUUUCAGAUCUCCUGAGUCUCACCUGAGAACCAGUGUUCUUUUGGAACAAAUGAUGAGAAAGAAACAAGCAAUGCAUCUUGAUGCGAGAUAUGUCACAAUGGUUGAGAAUGCAUAUUAUUAUUGCAAUCCCCCUCCAGCAGAAAAAACUGUGAAGAAGAAGCGCCCUCCUCUCCAGGAAUACAUCCGUAAGCUCCUUUACAAGGACCUCUCCAAGGUUACUACUGAGAAGGUACUAAGACAGAUGCGAAAGCUGCCCUGGCAGGAUCCAGAAGUGAAAGACUAUGUUAUUUGUUGUAUGAUAAACAUCUGGAAUGUGAAAUAUAAUAGUAUUCAUUGCGUAGCCAACCUCUUAGCAGGAUUAGUGCUUUACCAGGAAGAUGUUGGAAUUCAUGUUGUGGAUGGAGUAUUAGAAGAUAUUCGACUAGGAAUGGAGGUUAACCAGCCUAAGUUUAACCAGAGACGGAUCAGCAGUGCCAAGUUCUUGGGGGAACUUUAUAAUUACCGAAUGGUGGAAUCAGCCGUUAUUUUUAGAACUCUUUAUUCUUUUACAUCAUUUGGUGUUAAUCCUGAUGGUACUCCAAGUCCACUGGACCCUCCUGAACAUCUCUUCAGAAUUAGGCUAGUAUGCACUAUUCUGGAUACCUGUGGUCAGUACUUUGACAGAGGCUCCAGCAAACGAAAGCUUGAUUGUUUCCUCGUUUAUUUUCAGCGAUAUGUUUGGUGGAAGAAAAAUUUGGAGGUUUGGACAAAGGACCAUCCUUUUCCUAUUGACAUAGAUUAUAUGAUCAGUGAUACAUUAGAACUGUUAAGACCAAAGAUCAAACUUUGUAAUUCUCUGGAAGAGUCCAUCAGGCAAGUACAAGACUUGGAACGAGAAUUCUUAAUAAAACUAGGCCUUUUGAAUGACAAAGAUUCGAAAGAUUCCAUGACCGAAGGAGAGAACCUUGAAGAAGAUGAAGAGGAAGAAGAAGGAGGAGCUGAGACAGAAGAACAAUCUGGAAAUGAAAGUGAAGUAAAUGAACCUGAGGAAGAGGAGGGUUCUGACAAUGAUGAUGAUGAUGGAGAGGAAGAAGAGGAGGAGAAUACAGAUUACCUUACAGAUUCCAAUAAGGAAAAUGAAACUGAUGAAGAGAACACUGAGGUAAUGAUUAAAGGAGGUGGACUUAAGCAUGUCCCAUGUGCAGAGGAUGAGGACUUCAUUCAGGCUCUGGAUAAAAUGGUGCUGGAAAAUCUUCAGCAACGAAGUGGCGAGUCUGUUAAAGUACACCAACUGGAUGUUGCUAUUCCACUGCACCUCAAAAGCCAGCUGAGGAAGGGCCCACCGCUGGGCGGUGGGGAAGGAGAGACUGAAGCUGGCGACACAAUGCCAUUUGUCAUGUUAACCAGAAAGGGCAACAAGCAGCAGUUUAAGAUCCUUAAUGUACCAAUGUCUUCUCAACUUGCUGCAAAUCAUUGGAACCAACAACAGGCAGAGCAAGAGGAGAGAAUGAGAAUGAAAAAACUCACACUGGAUAUCAACGAACGUCAGGAACAAGAAGAUUAUCAAGAGAUGUUGCAGUCUCUUGCACAGCGUCCAGCUCCAGCAAACACCAAUCGUGAGCGACGGCCCCGUUACCAGCAUCCAAAGGGAGCACCUAAUGCAGAUCUAAUCUUUAAGACUGGUGGGAGGUAA